CCCUUAGCCCUUCCCUUGUACGGAUAAGCCGGCCCAUCAAACCAGCAGCUCGCAGCCCAACUCCCCAACUGAAGUUACUGCGUGCGUGAGUCGGCUGCGUUACUGCGUACAAGCUUCAACGAGCAUCUCAGCGACGGAGGACUGGAGGAGCGUUGCCGCUGGUGGGAGUCAGCGAGUGAACACGGACGACGACCGGACGAAGGGCUGACUCCUGAAGGAGUGACGGAGGCCGGACGACGGACGAGACGGAGACCACGGACCACCCCUUCGGCAGUUCGGCCCUUCUUCUGAUUUCCGGCUUAAUCUGUGGUGGCCGGUGCGACGGUGCUCCCAUCUAUAGACUCCGGUUACAUUGGAUAGCAAAAAGCAAUAUAAUGGAGUUUUGCCCAACAUGUUCGAAUUUAUUGCAAUUUGGCUUGCCGGAUAUAGACCGUCCUGCUGGUUUCCGCUGCCCUACUUGCCCCUAUAUGUGUGCCAUUGGACCCAGGAUCAAAAUCAAGAGAAGACAACAUCUAGUUCGGAAGAAGCUUGAUCCAGUGCUUUCAGUUGACUCACUAGCUACAGCCCAAAAAACUAAAGAAAGAUGCCCUACUUGUGGAUUCGAUGAAGCAGCUUUUGUGGAGAUGCAGACAAGGUCUGCAGAUGAGCCUGCAACACGGUUUUACAAAUGUAUAGGAUGCGGAUUCACUUGGAAAGAGGACUGAUAAGUUGAUGUUUGGCUUGAUCAAAUACGUCUUGGGACUGUAAUGAGGCUUAAGCUCAUACAAGUAGGACAUUUGUGGAUGGUGAUGGAACUAUUGCAUAUUGGCCUCGAACCAUUUUUGUUCGGGCAGGAUUUUUUAGACUUUUUGGGUACCUAAAGUUUGUUCUCUUAUAUGGCAUCGAUUUAUUUUUAUAUUCAAUUGUUAUUUCACUUAUUUGUGAAUUCGCUUAUUACUCCACUGCAAGUUAUCACGUACUUCAUACUACCUCCGUUCUUAAAUAAAUGCAACACUUUGACUUUUACACUAUUCACAUGUUCUACUUUGAC